AUGACAGGAUUUGGUUCUCCAUGUGGAGCUUGCAAAUUUUUGAGAAGAAAAUGUGCAAGGGGUUGUGUUUUUGCUCCUUACUUUUGUCAUGAACAAGGAGCUAUACAUUUCGCUGCAAUUCACAAAGUUUUCGGCGCAAGCAAUGUUUCGAAGCUUCUCUCUCAUCUUCCGUUGGGUGACCGUUGUGAAGCUGCUGUUACAAUUUCAUAUGAAGCUCAAGCAAGAAUCCAAGAUCCUGUAUAUGGAUGUGUUUCUCACAUCUUUGCUCUCCAACAACAGGUUAUGAGCUUACAAGAACAAAUUACGACACUUAGAACACAACAAGCUUCCCAAGGUUUCGUUAAUGGAGGAAACAGUACUACUUCAACAAAUGAUCAUGUUCAUCUACAUGACAAGCACAACAAAUCGUUCUACGGAGAUUUUCCUACUACAUAUCCACAAGAUAUCGAAGCUUUAUAUAUGCAACUAAACGAAUCGAAGGUAUUAUCGGAACAGUUAUAUCAAAACAAUACUUCUAUGGAUGAUAGUAAUAGUACUAGUACUGUUACCGCUGAUGCUGAAAACAUGUUUUAUCAUGAAAAUGGAGUGGUGAAUAUGGAAAAUUCGCCAAGUAACCAAAUGAGUCAAGAAUAUCAUGAUCAUGAAUCUUUUACGUCACCUGAAGGAAUUGUUCAUCAGUUUAUGACUAGUGCAAGUUUUGAUGAGCAAUACUCAUCCGAUGAACAUCAUCAACAUGCAGCAAUGGCUUAUCUUGAUGGCAUGCAAAUGAAUGCAAGGAAGUGGACAUUCCAAGACACUAAUCAAGUCGACCUUCAAUCGAUGGCUUUUGCUUAUUUUCAACACUCAUAA